GCGAAGGCAGACAUGGAGGAACUGAGCGCCGUGGGAGAGCAGGUUUUUGAUGCGGAAUGCAUUCUAAACAAACGCCUGAGAAAGGGAAAGUUGGAGUUUCUUGUGAAGUGGAGGGGAUGGUCAUCCAAACACAACAGCUGGGAGCCCCAGGAAAACAUCCUCGACCCAAGGUUGUUGGCUGCCUUCAACAAGAAAGAGCAAGAAAAGGAGCUCCUGAUGCGUAAGAGAGGGAAAAGGCCAAGAGGAAGGCCGCGGAAAAUCCUUGAAAAUGUGCCUGAAGCUCCAAAAUCGAGCAGCUCUUCAUCUGGCUCAUCAUCCUCAUCCUCCGAUUCCUCCUCCUCAUGCUCCUCCUCCUCGUCCUCAUCAGAAGACGAUGACGAAGACGGCAGCACUAAGCAGGCAAGCCCGAGUGUCAGAACACGAGACACCCAUCCUGUCCCUCAGAAGAAGGCGCAGAUUGUUGUGGCAAAACAGGAGCCCCCAAAGAAACGGAGCAGAAAACCUCUGCCCCCCGAAGUGAAGGAAUUUCAACAGAACAAGGGCUCUCGCAAAAUCCUGAAGACGCCCCAAGAUACAGAUCUACCAGGAGCAAUCAAAAAGCCUGUUCAUCCAGCAAGCUUCACCUUCAUGGGUUUCCAUCGGGGCUCGGUGAGGGAUACAGUGGGUAGUCAGAACAGGAGCUCUCUGACCCAGGGUGGGGCUGUUAAAAACUCCAUGAGCUCUGUGGGAUCUGGCAGGUCAGUCCAACCUGCCUCCCUCCCUCUGAACAAAUCUGUCCAGAGCAGGAAUGUCACUGAGGGUAAACUGUCCAUCUCCAGUAUGAGCAGCGGGGCAAGCCUGGAUUUGAAAGCAGCUGCUGGUAAAUCAAAAGGGGUAGCGGCGUUGAAUUUGAAUACAUCCAAACACCCCAUUCAAGGAACCACUCAGCAUACACUAAGCUCCCCCAAUGGACAAAAGAAACCCCAGGGCCCUGUGUCAACACUGCAGCGGAUACCCAAUACUAAAGCAAUGGCUUCUGUACCAUUGAAGAACCCCUCCUCCAGUCAAGGUUCUGGCCUUCAGCCACUCAACCUUCAGAGCAAACCGGUGCAAAAUAAUGAUGCUCCUGGAAAUGGCACUACCCCAGCGGCAGGCCUGAGAAAUGCAACAAACCCAGCAAGGAAAACCACUGUCACACAAAAUCAGGAGUACAAUCCUCCUAAGAGUCCUGCAACUCCUGGAAGACCACCAGCCAGAAAGAACCAACCAGGAGCAGACAAGGUUAAGGAAGCAACUGAAAUCCAAGCCUCUAGAGUCCAAGGCAGGCUGGACAAGAGCAGCGUUCAUAAAUCCACCACAGAAGUCCAGAGCCAGCAGGAGAGACCAGCCUACAAAGAUGGCAAGAAAGCCGAUAUGAGUACAGGUGAAGAGGAGAGCAGCUCAGACUCCGACCAAGAUUCUUCCUACACCGGACAGGACCGCUCAAUGGGGGUCCAGAACCAGGACUGGAAGCCCACACGUAGUCUGAUAGAGCAUGUGUUUGUAACAGAUGUCACUGCUAAUCUAGUUACUGUCACAGUCAAGGAAUCACCAACCAGUGUGGGCUUCUUCAGCAUUCGCAACUACUGACAGGAUUCAAGACACUGCAAACCAGAUGGUCUCUGAAGCAAACAGAUGGGAUUUGGGUUCUGAAGGAACUAGAUAAACCUGUGGCUGGAGAGUUGGAACGCAUCAGGGAAUGGAGGUCAAUUUGCUCUUUAUUUUCUUUUACUAAGAGACACUUUUUUAGAUAAAAAAAAGGACCAGGCAUCAGUUAUUGAUUGUGAUUAUUUAUUUGCUCGUGUCUACAAAUUGUUCAAGAAAUGACAGUGGAGAGGAGGCAAUGCCCAUUGGUCUCAUCUGAUAAACUCAAAUCACAACAAAUUUUUUAGUCUCAUGGGGUCCUGGUCCUGCUUUGUUACAACCAAGCAGAUAAGAGGACUGGUUUAAUGAAGAAAUUAUCAAAGGUAGGCACGAGCGGGAGGGAUAGUUUCUUUUAUGGAUGGCAGGCGUUUAGUUCAUAAUGUGUCAUAAUGUGUGUAAUUCAUAUCAAUCAAUAGUUAAUGUAAACCAGUUUUUAAUUCUUAGCAUAGUAUCGUUUUUAUUAAUGUCUCCUAAAUUAGCUACCUCUCUUUUUCAGCAUUUUGCUGAAAAUGUGUAUUCAUUUCUUUUGGGACAGGAGAACCUUUCCCUCCAGGGUAUACCAUCAUCAUGUCCUAUCAUACCAUAAUUGUGUCAUAUCAUUUUUUUAUAUAUAGUUUUAAUGUAUUGAGUCCUCAUGCUGUGUAAACUUGUUUUAGAACCAGCAACCAGCUCAAGCAACAGACAACAGCUUUGUUUCUAUGUUCUAUAAAAUACUCCCAUCAGAACUGGACCUCAGUUCCACACAACGUUGAACUGUGCACACUGUUAUCACCUCGAAAAGAAGUUUCAUUCCACAGUGCAGCCAGUUUAUCGCCACAGUUCUCCAAAUGGGCUGAAGCAUGUGGGGAGUCAGAUAGAGUAUCUCUGUUCCUCCCUGGUGCUCAGAUAAGACUUGGUUCUGGCUGAGGUUUACUCUGCCGCCUUUGCAUCAGCACCAUCCAUGAAUGACGUAUUCACCAGCAACUUUAUUCUUCUCAGACUUGUAAUUAAUACGGACAAAAACCAGAGAAAAAUGCUCAUGUUGACAUGGCUGGGUGAUCAUGGACAGUACACCUAACGAAGCUUCUGCCCUCAGUCUGUCAAAGCCUCCCAUGAGCCUUUGAGAUUGCAAAAGGCAACUGCUUUCAAACCAGUGUGGGAAAGGUUGGGUGUGGACAAAGCUCGACAAUAAACCGUUGAGCAUUGUUUGUCCCAGACUGCAAAACACCAUAUUUCAUUGUUGUCUGUUGCUACUGGUGUUUCAAAAUGUCUAGAACUAAAAUACCAGAUUUGAUUAGGGGUUUUUUUUGUUUUGUUUUUUUACUUUACUCGCAGCUGCAGACGUCUCAUUUCACCCGCCUGCAUGGGUUCAGGAGCUGCAGGCCCAGCCUCCCAGAGAAAAAAAAAGGUCUUUAUCUGAUGUAACGGAAAAGAAACCACAACAAUGUGCGCUACUUUCUGCUCCCUUGAGAGGAGUUCAGCAACAAAGCACUUCGACUGAACUCUUCUGUCUAAUCCUGCUCUGCAGACUGUGCCUUUCUUUCUCUCAAAGACUAAACACAAAGGCAUUACCCCAAAGAUAGCUAGAAUUUCAGGUUGUUCAAUAAAGGAGUACCCCUAGAGCAUAGCAUGGAGACUGUACCAUUUUCUUUGUUGUCCAUAUUGUUGUGAAACGGCAAAAAAAAAGGCCCUGCUGGAAGACUUAUCACAAAUAUAUGGAACAGACAAAUAUUUGAUGCCUUAUUGAAACGAUAAGAGUGGUUUAGGUUCAAGUUACAGAAGUACUUUCCGUUCAGGAUCAGCUGAAAAACACACUGAGUGCUUCUCAUAUUACAUGUGUUACAGGUGAAAAAUAUGUGCAGCAUUUGGUCUCUUCUCGUCAGUAUAACUCCAGAAUAUGUGUCUUAAGUCAAAGAAACAUAUCAGGCAGUAGGUAAAGAUUAGUUUAGGCUCAAUCAAGAUGUCAUUAAUCAUUACCACGUAAUAGGCUAUGGGGUAAUGCAAGGUGUUUAUAUGAAUUUUUUUACUUGUAUCUGCUUUUCUUAAUUGAUGAAAAGAAAGAACUUUUUUCAGUUAUGGUCUUUUUUUAGAUCUACUAACCAUUUCAAUGGAAUGUUGUUCUCUUUAUACUCUAUUUAUUUCAAAUUAAAAGCCUUUCAGGGUAGGACAGUGUCAUCAAUCCUUGUAUUGUGCCACUUGUCAAACUGACUAAUAAAUGGUACAGCCUUA